CGCUGAUCUACACUGAUGAGUGUUCUGACUGAGAAGAUGAAAUUUUUCGUGUGAACACCUCCACCGACAUUUUGUUCGAAAAUGCGAAUAACUUGAAGAGGAUGCCAAUGUGAUAGUAGUUACAGCACACAUCACCUGAACAAGAUGAAUCAUACGAUGCAGUUACUACGUCGGCAUUUCUAGGACGGCAACAGCAUUCAUUUCGUAUAAUCCUCGCUUACAACUACAUCUCUUCUCCAUCUUUCAAUGUCGAUCAGGCACUCAUCAUGGCUAUCGUCCCCUUUUGUUGUUUUCCGCUCCCUCACCUCCACCUCGUCCCAGCCCUCGUCCUCCACAGAGAUUCAAAUCUUUAGAUUCCUCAGAAAGGCCCUCGUCUUCGUUUUUAUCACUACUAGUUUUCAUUGCUAACAACUUGUAUUUCUAGAUGACCUUGACCCACCACUUCCCUGGAAUAUCUUCUUGCCUCAUUUAGAAAAGCUAAUUUUUCUAGUAGUAGCUCCACGACUAGAUGGCCCGAGAUUUUUACUAGAAGUAGCAAUGAUAUCAAGAAAGUCAUGCGGAGGACGACACGAUCUACCUAAUAGAUUGUCGUCGUGUUAGCAACAGCGGAGACUCCGGACGAGAGUUAUUACUAUUUCUACGCUGGUGUGCGCGCGCGCGUGCGGUCGCUGUGUUCCUAAAAUGGAGCUCCUGCUCUACCUCUAGAUGAGAUGUCUAAGUGUUUGACGAGUUCCUCUUCAAGCACCAUUGAACACUUCACUUCUACAUACGGAUACUUGUGGUCAUGCUUGUUGCACAGCGUAUACGUAUAGGACAUUAUUCCUGUUCCUGAGAGCUGCUUCCUGAAACUACGAGACGUCGAAGAUGAAGUUGUCAUCGUAUUUUGUGCUUUCGUUGGCGGCUGCUGUCGUCAACUGCCUGCAUGCGUGGGGCGUGCAUGAGCAGUUUUAUCCAGCAGUAAUACAUUUGGCGAGCGACAAGGUUUCGCUCGCAGUCCUGUACAACUUCGUCUUCUCUUGCUUUCUCAUGUUCGGCUACGCGACGCUGAAGUUCUUCGUGGGUAUAACCAACUUCUUCAAAUAAACUUUGUUGACUUAGAUUCUUGAUCAACAUCAAGAUCAUCCUGAAGAUGAAGAUUUGGAAUAAGUACGUGGAUGUACUACAACUUCUACGUCGUGCGUGGUCUUGUUCGAACUACAGCUAUGAUCAAAAGUUUUUCAAAUUAUAAGUAAGUACUUAUUUCCCAUUGUAUUCAUCAACGUCUUUUCGUUCAUCAGGGCGUCUCCGGGAUUUGGAAGUGGAGCAGCUGAUUGACAGCGGGCGUGGAUUCGUUGCGGACACGAUUCUGUUCUUGGUGUUCUAUUCGCCGACAAUCGACCAGAAGGAGGUCGCCACACUGGCCCUGAUGCAAUUUAUCGUGGGAAUCAUCUUUCUGAAGAUGUUUCACUUAAUUUCGCAGAUCCGCGUUGGACAUAUGUUCGAAAUAGGUGCCCCGAAAAGGUCGGUCAAAAUAAAGCUCGCAGUCAUGAUGGGAAUGCUAUUACUCACAGAUCUCGUAAUUCUAGACCGGUUUUACGGCGCAGCGGGAAAGCACAGCACCUUUUACACAUGGAUUCUUUUCGAAGCGUGCUCAAUGGCAGCGAUGCUCUCCGUCACGGGCCUGAAGUAUUGUUCUUCGAAGAUUUCCAUGUGCUUUCAAAUUAUAUGUAGCGCUAGUACUACAGGAUCAUGAAGAACUGGAACUCUCUCAUAGUUUUUUCAAUUCUUUCGUAGUACACUUCCUUCCAACCUUCUACUUUCCUGUUACAGGUAUGUGCUGCACCUAAUCGAUACAUCCUUGGAGCAUGGAUGGCCAGGCAAAGCAGCCUACAUUUUCUAUCUGGAAUUACUUGGAGACGUGGUUUCCAUGGUCAUCUUCCUAUGCUUCAUGAGCAUCUUCUUCAUCCAGAACCCGAGUAGGCUGCCAAUCUACAUGAUGGCCGAUAUUAUCCAAGUCGCGCGCCAACUUACUACACGGCUACGCAACUUUCGAAAGUAUUUUUCACUGUUUCUGCUUUUCGUUCUCGUCAUCUAAUUUACACCUUGAGCAGUUCCUUGAAACUAUCGAAACAUUUUGCUUCUUCUACAUUCUCCUUUUAAAGACCUUGGUCUCGCUUAUCAUUGAAUGCACUCUCACUCUCUGCAGCAACGUAUAAAACCCAUAUAGGUACCGCCUCAUCAUGGCUGAUUUCGAGACGAAAUUUCGAGAAGCGUCGAAGAAAGAACUGGAAGCUGCUGAGACGUGUAUCAUCUGCCGUGACGACCUUGACGAGGGGAGCGUUAUAUUGCCGUGCAAUCAUAUUUUCCAUGUCGAUUGCUUGAAGUCAUGGCUGGUAUAAGAAUUACGAGAAAAUGAUAAGACCAUUCAUCAUCAUUCUAAGACCAUGAUGAAGAUCAAGAUGAGCAUCUCUAAUACUUCAUCUAAGUGCAUUCAUCUGCUUCGGAUUGCGAAUUACUGGGAUGACGAGGAAGAGGAUCAUUGUGAAUUUGAAGAGCAAAAAAUUAUCCAUCAUGUCCAUGUUACUGUCGUGAUAUAAUAUCACCAAUAUAUGAAAAAAGAAAUAAUCCUCAGGUAAUGCAACAAGUGUGCCCUACCUGCCGUAGUGAGAUCCCCAUCGAGAGGGAAAAGCUUAACGCUGCAUAUCGCGAAAGUGAUAUCAAGGCCGGUCGGCCUAUUAGACCAGAGAACAAUGCGACACCCAUAGAGCAGGAAAAGGACGCUAAAGAUGCGCCCAUUCCGACACCGACCUAUAAUUCAGUCAAUGCUACCGAUGCGGCCGCGGGAGGGGCCCCGGAGAGGACGCCAUCUGCCGCCCCUACUCCCCAAGCGUCUUCAAAGAAGGUAACGCAGGUUAGUCAUAGUUGUACUUCUACUCUGAUUACUGAAAAAAAUGAUCAUGAUGAAAUUGUAGCACUAGUAGGGGGCAAGAUGAAUCACUUUCACUUAUGAUGAUUCUUGCAGAUCCAUACUUUUUUCACAAUCUACUACUAGCAGGUUGAGACGCCCAGUGUGAACACAAAGUCCGACACUCUCCAGUUACCCCCUGCAGCACCUGCACCUAGCUCACCUGGAAAGAGCCGUCGCACGACACCAUCGGCCGCCGCUGACACGUAAGAACUUCUUGCACUAGUACAUAUACAAAAUGAAUAAUGUUGGCAUGAUAUUUUUAUCUUUGUACAAUACACGUCGCAGUUCUUGUUGUCAUCUUCAUGAUCUCGUGUCUAAUCGUGCACUGGAUGAUCUCCAAAGAAGGAAAUAUUUAUAAGAUGCAAGAACUGACAAAGUGCAACAUGUUUUUUCGUGUUGUCUUGAAAAUCUUUAGGUCCUCACGCAGCCAGAAGAAGAGCUUCGCUGGAUCAUCGAAAAAGGCUGCGAAAAAGGCGGACCCAACGGAUGGUAGCGAGAGUACGCUCAGGAGACGACGAGGUUCAAGCCAGAGCGGAGACCCACCGCCUGCACCGCAAGUUAUUGAGUCGCCCUUUGGCGCCACCCUGCGAGAUCAGAUUGCUAGGGAAGCUUAUCCUGGAACCGAAGGAGCCUCGUCUUCUUCAAGCUCCGCAACACCUGUGCAGCAAGGUGGUGUGCUAUCCCCGACGAGCAAGGGGCAAGCAUCUUCGACGAGCAGCAGCAGCAGUUUUAGCAAGACACAGCGAAGUCGACCUCCAGCACUUGCAACUUCAACCAUGCCAGGAAAAGGUGCGGAGCAAGCGAAUGCCGGCCUCUCUCCAUCGUCCUCUCCUGGAAAUUUGCCUUUCGCAGGUGCAUCCUCUUCCUCCCGGAGUCCACCAUUUGCCUUCUCGUCUGGGAAUCCCCUUCUUGGCAACGCGCCACCCACAACGUCAGCGGCCCCACUCUCUCCUACCUCUGCUAAUAAAACACAAUCGGGAGACACGCCAACCUCGUUCGCGGACUUCGCCAGCCGCUUGUCUAUGCUUCCUGGCGGUUCCUUGUUACUAGGAGGCGCCAUGAUGCAGGAGCAGCACGUACAUCACCAACGGCGUAUGGAGCAAUUGAAUUGCGCUCUUGAGCAAGCCAAUCAAGCAGCAACGCAAUUGGCAAAUAUGCAGGCCUUUUGGCUGCGGCAAAUGCAAGUCCAGCAGACCACGUUGCAAAUCCAAUCAUUGCAGAAAUUACUAGUGACGACUAGCGGAGUUCCAGUCGACGCUCCUGUUGCCUCCAUUCCAGUAACGACUGCAGGAGUUCAAGCGACCACGACUUCGGCCGCAGAACCAGUGAGCACAAGUGGAGGCACGACAGGCGCCGCAGGGCACGGCCAAGGGCCUGUCGAUUUAGCAAAGUCCAUGGCAAAUGGCUCGCCGCCAUUGACAACAACUACAAGUCAGCACCCCAUCAUGGCGUGUCCCCUAGAAGGUAUAGCAUCAACGGCUGCGUCGCCAGGUGACCUUGUCGCAGCUGGCACUGCAGCUUCUAGCGCGAGCAAGCAGAUAACCGCUGGGAAAACAUCGUCUCUGAACGGCAACGGAGCAGUAACUGAAAUAAAACAAGGACAAGCGCAGGCUGUAGAUGACAAUCGCUCCGAGUUAUUGGUGACGCUCGGUGCGUUUCAAGACCUAGUCCAAACUUUACAGACUUUUCAAGGCGGGGAGCAGAAGACGGCUUCUGCUGCAAUUGCUGGCGCGCCACACUCUUCCUCAGCAGCGGCAGUGGCAUCCGAAGGAAAGGAAAAUGUAGCGCCACCGAAGCUGCAUAUUCCAACCCCUGCAGGUGGCAGUGCAGUACUUUCUUCAUGCGGCGCAACAUCUAGUAUUAAACCUGUGCUGUCUUCGUCCUCUUCAACUGCAGCUCAGCAGCCUGGCACUACAACAUCAGAAAUAGGUGCAUUACCUGACGAUUCAGCAGCUUCAACUUCUAAAAAGCAACAGGCACAAAUAAGACCCACGAAAAUCGCGGACCCGGGACAACAAAGUGGAGGUGAUAAAAGAAAAGCAGAUGCGGUUGCGGGAGGAGGACAAGUAGGAGUUGUAGAAGAAAGCGGAGCACUUCUUCCUGGAGGAGCUGCUAUGUCAGCAAUGUCGAAGAGCAGCAGCGCUAGUAGCUUUGCUUCUCCUACAGAGGAAGCGUCACUUGAGAGCGCAGCGUCGCCAACUGAAGAUGAUGGCGCGAAGGGCGCACUAGCUGAACUGCGCAAACUCCAGGAACAAAAAUUUAGAAAGAGUCGUGAGCAAAGCACAACUUCUCUUGCCACUGCUACGAAGGACUAA